AUGCAACACGACCGUUCUCAUUCAGCGUCUUCAUUGGCAUGGAAUACGCAAGGCAUCCACGCUGGCUCCAUAUCGUCUGGAUCCCCCAUGGGAUCCCCAUUAGCAUCCCCUCUUCACUCGCCUUGUGAUUCGCCUCGUGAACAACUCCAUAAUCAGUUUGCUAGACAAGUCUCUCUGCAGCCUCCUGGUCAACAACAACCACAACAGCAACAGCAACAACAACAACAACCCGUAGCAGCAACCAACACCACAUCGAAUACAACGGGUACUAAACAAGCCAACAAUACGUUUGUGCAUAAACUAUUCAACAUGGUGGUCGAUAAGCAAUAUCAGCAUUUGAUUGCAUGGACGUAUCCAGGCACAUCCUUCAUUGUAUGCAAUAUCACUGAAUUCUCGCGUGAUGUCCUUCCCAAGCAUUUCAAGCACAGCAACUUUAGUAGCUUUGUCAGGCAGCUCAACAUGUACGGCUUUCACAAGGUCAACAAAUCACCACGCGGGCAUCGGGCAUUAGCUGAGAAUCAGAUCUGGGAGUUUUCACAUCCAAAGUUCCUUCGCGGGAGAGGAGAUUUAUUAGAGGAGAUCAAGCGCAAAGCAUUGGAUACGGAUGUGGUGCGACGUGAUCAAAGCGAUAUCGGUACACAUAUGGCAGUGAUGCAAGUAGCACAAUCGGAUAUGAUGCAACAAUUGGCCCAAUUACAGCAAAACUUUAACGAGCUGGUACGAGAAUUACAAGACACUCGAAAACGACAAGCGGCACAACAACAAACAAUGAAGCAAUUGAUGAAUUAUAUGAUCCAUCAGCAUGGCGUAUCAUGGCCCGAUCAAAAUAUCAAACCAGAGCCCAUAGAUACGCAUCCACCACCACCUAUUUUUGUCACUACAGCCGAUCCACAUCACCAACAUCACAACCACCAUCAACCUGAUCAGCAGCAACAGCAACAACAACAACAGCAACAGCACACGUACAAUACACCCAAUAUAUCACUCCCAUCACGCCCUUCAAUGCCAUUGACAGUACAAACGCAAAAUUUACACCACUUGUCUACAAUGCAACACAUGUCAUCCACACACAGUGCCACUGGAGAAUCUCCUGCAUCACUAAGUCCCAUGACAGCCCUCAACACGCCCAUCCCACCAAGUCCAAGUACUAUGUUGUCGGAUGAUGAUGUCUUUUAUACUCCACAGCCGAGCCCUGGAGGCUUGAAUAUGCAACAUAGCUUGAGCAACGAUCAUUUAUCAGUGGAUGGAUUCAAUUUUCACCAGCAGCAAUCGCCACAGAGUCCAAUAUCAUACAACAUGCAUACGGAUGCAGGUCCUGUUUAG